AUGCCUCUUACGGAGCAACAAAUCAAUGUCAUUUCGGAGUAUCCGCUCAAUGAUACGUUAGAUCGUUUCCGUGACAAGCUACGCGACCUUGACGAGGCAGACCGAUCAUGGCACGACGCGACCGCGAGCAUUAUAUUGGCCCUGGUUGAUACUGGCGCCGCAUUAAACCUUGGCUCUAGAGGUGGAAAAGAGACUUUAGCUGAUGAUCUUUUCCCCUUAUAUCCGAGUGUCCGAAAAGGAUCCUUUAAAAGCGAGCACUUCCGCCAUCUUGUUCGUUGCAUUAUCGACAAAGCUUCUGACAUCGACAUCUGGGAAUUUAAGGAACGAAAAGGCUAG